AUGGAAGUGCAUGAUGUGAAGUUCCAAGCUCAGACUGCAGAGGACAAGGAGGCUUGGAUUAAGGCUCUGAGCGAUGGCAUCAAUCGAGCAAAGAACAAAGUCUUUGAUGAGGUGAUGGUUGAUGAAAGCAGUAAUUUAGAGCAUGUUACUCGAACGAGGCCCAAAGGGAACCGUAACCGGCGGCCACCGACCAGGAUACACAUGAAAGAGGUAGCCGUUGUGUCGUCUGAUGGCAUCUUGCGUUUGGAUCUUGAUCUUGAGGAUGCCAUAAUGCCUAAUGGGACAAAUCAUGCCAGUGUUGAUGGCCCAGAGAGACCCAAAGAGGCCAUCAAAGUCCCAACGCCUCCCUCCAAUGCCAGUGAAGCUGCACAGAAACUGUCAGGGCCAAGUGAUGAGGAGGAGGCUCAGACUGAGCCAGAGGUCAGUCCCCAGAAAAAGGUUAUCAAACCUCCCAUGCCCCCUACCAAAGAGCCUAAACCCAGUGCAGGACCUGAACAUGAACCUGAGAAGGAUGAUGGCCAAGAGAAAAAGGUCCUGAAGCCACCUAUGCCUCCAUCUAAAGAAGUCAAGCCCUGUGUUUCAUCUGCUGAAGAAUCUACAGAGGAGGCCAAUGCUGAGAAGAUGUCUGAAAAGAGUCCUGAUGCCAAGAAAAAGACAGGUCCACCUCCAACACCCCCAAACAAACCCAGCUCCAGCAGCUCCACAAGCAACCUUGCAGAGGCUUCACAGUCCAGGCCAAACUCCCACCCUCCUACCCCUCCAUCCAAAGAGAAGAAACCCUCCCAUUCUGCGGAGCCAGAAGAGGUUCAAGACACAACUGGUGAGCACAAGGAGAAAGAAGAAGACGAUAAGAAAGAGGCAAGAGGAACAUCUGUGGAAACUGAUGAGGCAGAGCAGUUAGUUUCUCAAGAAUCUAUACAAGAUGAUGAACCUAAGAGUCCCAGCGAAGAAAGACAGGACAUUAAAAAAGAAUCAGGGGAGACUAUAAGCAGUGGCAUAAACAAGGCAUCCGGCAAUGAGCCACUCAGAAAGAGCUCUAGUCCUCUACUAACCCCCAAGAAAAAGCCAGAGAAUCUUGUUCAACACCUAGAAGAUGGAACAACUAAUGAGGAACAGGACCCUACCGCAUUUCUGCAAACAGCCCCAGAUACCUCAGCCAGUUCUCCUCAAGCAGAAGAGACACUACCCAAGACUGAAGUCCCCUCAGUGGUUGUCUCUUUGAAUGACCCGGUCACUGAUGGCCUCAGCCUGAGUCCACUACUCUGUCACUUGCCUGGGGAGAAGAAAAAGAAAGCGGAGGAGAAAUCUGUAGACAGCGGUCAGCACUCAGACGAUGACAGCGAAGGCUCUGGGAGUGAAGACACGCUGGCGAUGUCAACAGCCGCGUUGAGAGGAAGCCGGCCCAGUCUGGAUGUGUUGGACGCCAGUGAGGAUGACAUUCAGAUCCCUGUCGAUUCAAGGCAGACACAGGGCGCAACCAAGCCUCAGGUUAGAUCAAAGGUAUUUCCCACUCGUCCUCUUAAACCCUCAACCAAGGCCAAGUCAGCCUCCAUUGGAGAUCUGCUUUCUGAUUCUUCAGUCUUUACUCAGGUGAGACAGCAAGCCAAAGCUGUGGCUGGAAGCAACGGGGCUCCCAGCGAUGAUGUUAUGAAACUUGAGGCUGAAGUGGCUCUGGAGAUGGAAAAGACGAGUGAGCUCCUGAGCAGAGUGUCCCAGUCCCAGAGGGUAGGUGACGGGGAGGGCAUGCCAGAGGAUCUGCUGGCCGAGGCCAUGGAAAAGCUGAAGAAGGCUGACCAUGUCCUCAGGGAGGUCAACAAACUAAAACCUCCAAAGAACUCAAGCAAAAGGAAGAGCUGGUGAAUGUCAGUCAUAGCAGAUUGACUGGGAAUUGACCUUUCGCUAAACCCUUGUCCUGAACAGUGACUAUGCAAUCACAGGCAAGCUUUGCAUUUCUGGACAUAGCCUACUGUAUCGAUAGUGAUAUUCAUUAUACAAAGAGUUUGAAGGGCCAUAUGUUUAUUUUUUAGGCUUUCCAAGAGCAAAAGUGAAAGGAAUAGAUUAAAUAUACAGUUUUUAAGUAAAAUGUGUAAAUUCUGCCAGUAAGGGGUGUCACAUCAAAACAAUAACAAAAGACGUUUGAUGACGUAGUGUGGGAUCAUAGGAGUAUUAUCUUUACCACCAUUGCAGUCAGCUUCUCCCAGUUAGGAUUCCUUCACUUAUCGUCAUUCAUGAGGUUUCUAUUGGGAGCCGAAUUGUCCAUAUAGAUCUGAUUAAAACCAGUAAAAACACAGAAUAAAGCAUUUCCACCUUAAAAAUAACUUAUUCUCCCACACUGUUGGGCAGACAAAGGACGUCCCGGAGGGGCUGCGAGCUGAUGUCUAAAAUCCUUCAUCCGGUUCAAAUGUAGAGUUAAAUAGUACCAAGAUCUUAAGUGAUAUGACGUCAUUGACAGGCGAGCAAUGAAAUGCACCGUUACCUGAAUAAAGUAUUUAUCGUAGGUCUAGUGUGACAUUUUAAUGUGGAAAUAUUACAUGUAAUUGCUUUAAACAGUGUGUUUGUAUGCUCUAACAUAAGCUGUAACCGUUAGCAUCACCAGCUAACUAGCUUACUACUUCCUGUAGACACUCAAUGUUACUUUCAAGGCCUUUCAAGUAGCCGACCUAACCACAUUUGUGAGGUUACAGCUUACAAAAAAGCCCUGUUCACGACAAGCACAUCCACUACUAUUUCCCCACUGUGUGGAGGCUGCUUCUGGAUGCUAUUAGAGUUUAGGUUGACGAUAGCAGCUCUGUCCUACUCUUCAUUGGAUUUGGGAAAGUUUUUGCUCCAGUAGCCAACAUUAGUGUUUAGUUUGUCAAAUACAUCCUAAAAGCCUUUUCCUUUGUAACGUUAAAAGUAAAUUGUACUGUUUGAAAGGAGACAGUGUUUUCAGUCAACUCAUGGAGCUAACGUUAGCCUGUUUAGCUAGCUUAUAAAAUCUGAUUGAGACAGUUGCGGCAAAAAUGAGAAGCUGCUUUUGACUGGAAUCAAAUACCCACAGGUUCAAAAAUGAAUUUUGAGUGUUAAAUUGUAUACAGUUACCUGACAGGUGUAGCAACAUUAGCUAAAGGGGUCAGGGUUUAGCAAACGGAAAUAAAGGGGUAAGGGUUUAGCGAACGGACCUAAAGGGGUCAGGGUUUAGAGAAUAGAGCUAAAGGGGUCAGGGUUUAGAGAAUAGAGCUAAAGGGGUCAAGGUUUAGCGAUCGGUCAAUCGAUGGACUCAUUUUUGAUGGUUAUGCAGCACAUGCAACUGUUCGCUCAUAAUUAAUUAAGUGCAAUUAUUUCUAGUUUAACUUCAUCUGCAGCUGAAAGUAAUGCUUAAUGUUCUACUUUGUGUUUUUUAUUUUUUGUUAUAUAUGAAAUAUCAGACAUUUUCAAGAAUAAUUACUUGAAAGCUAAUUUGAGAAUUAGGCUAUUAAUAUAAUGACAAAGCAGCACUGUCAAUAAAUUGAGAACAUUAAAAAAAAGUACUAAAAAGUGUUAAUACCAGAUUACUGAGAUAACUUCUGUUAUGAAUUGGCACUAUGCAAAUAUAAUUGAAUUGAAGUGAAUUACACAACUGUCAUAAUAGUUCACUUUGUGUGGCAAAGUAAACUAUUAGAGACCAUGUUUUUUGCUGGCAGUUUAUAUGAGGGAAUUUAUAUUGUACAUACUUUAUACUUUUACAACAGCAUUUGCUGUUUGUUGUUGAGGGAUAAUGUACCAACAUAGCUCAGGAGUUUUCUGAAAUUAAUCUUUUCAGACUAAUCAUGUGAUUAAAGAAAACUGCUACUCCACAUAGCAGGACUGCAGUUUUUUUUUAUUAAUGAUGUGUUUUUAAUACUGAUAUUGUACAUAGCUCAGAAUAAAGAGCUUGCGGCAGCCAAUAUGUGCUCUUCAGUGAUGUUCCUCCCAAUUUGGAUCAUGAGCUCUGAAUUUUUGUCCAGUGCUUUGUUAAAAAAUGUGAUGGUAGUUUUUAAGGCCAUUUUAAAUAUGCCAUGCCAUUUAGAGUAUAGAAUAUUUUCUAACAUUAGAUAUAAAUUUGUACUCUUUGAUAAAAUUUGCUAUUGCCCAAAUAAACAAAGGUAAACUGUU